GGGCCCAAGCCGCCGCCGCCGCCGCCGCGCAGCCCCGCGACCGCUUAUCGGGGUUCUCGAAUCGCCGCCGUCCCGCACCACCGCCGCAUCCAAGCAGGGCAAGAUGGCCUCGGCCACUGAUGCGCGCUAUGGCCAGAAGGAGUCUGCGGACCAGAACUUUGACUACAUGUUCAAGAUCCUCAUCAUCGGAAACAGCAGCGUGGGCAAGACGUCCUUUCUGUUCCGCUACGCAGAUGACUCCUUCACUCCUGCCUUCGUGAGCACCGUGGGCAUCGACUUCAAGGUGAAGACCAUCUACCGCAACGACAAGAGGAUCAAGCUGCAGAUCUGGGACACAGCAGGGCAGGAGCGAUACCGCACCAUCACCACCGCCUACUACCGUGGUGCCAUGGGCUUCAUCCUCAUGUACGACAUCACCAAUGAGGAGUCCUUCAAUGCUGUGCAGGACUGGUCAACUCAGAUCAAGACUUACUCCUGGGACAACGCCCAGGUGCUGCUGGUGGGGAACAAGUGUGACAUGGAGGAGGAGAGGGUGGUGUCCUCGGAACGUGGCCGCCAGCUGGCUGACCACCUUGGUUUCGAGUUCUUUGAGGCAAGUGCAAAAGACAACAUCAACGUGAAGCAGACCUUUGAGCGCCUGGUGGACGUCAUCUGCGAGAAGAUGUCCGAGUCCCUGGACACUGCUGACCCUGCAGUCACUGGCACCAAGCAGGGCCCACAGCUCACCGACCAGCAGGCGCCACCGCACCAGGACUGCGCCUGCUGAGGCCCUGCCUGCCGGGCCCCACCUCCAGGGGAUGGAGCCCCUCCCCACCCUCACCCACCUUAUUUAUUAUUGUAGUUAUUUAUUUAUUUAUUGAAGGUGUCUCCCCCAGGAGUAGGGCUCCCGUCCCCCCACCCUCUGUACAUACAACCCCUGCUGCCAUGGCGUGUCGUGGUCACCGCUCACCUUUUGAACCCCCACCACAGUCACUGGUUGUGAAGAAGGGGCUAGAUGAUACCCCAGAGCAGGCUGAGGGCGAUAGGUAGGUGGCCAGGUCUGUCAGCCUCCAGGCUCUGAUUUGGGGUACUGAGGCCGUUGCGCGGAGGCCUCCAUGUGGACCACCUGCUGUGGUGUUCUCCUACAAAGUUUCCUCUUUCUGGUGGGUGGGGUACUGAGGGGGGGUGUAUCCGCCACUUUGGGGCCCCCUAAACUGUUCUGGUGUCGCGAGUGUCAAACGUGCCCCCCAACUCCCCUAAAGAUGUCAUGACACUACUGAAAACCUAUUAAAGCGAAUGGACCACA